ACGGUACAAAGGCAGUACUUAAGCCAGUGGCGCGCUCCUCACGCACAAAUCAAACAACACUAGUGGAUCAUCUGGAUAGUAUUGAAUUACAUUUGUGCAAUAGCGGUAAAACAUGAGUUCCAUCAGAAGAAUCAAGCAUGCAGAGAAUCCCUCUGAAAACAUCAAGAAAUUCUUUGUAGCGCCAACAUCUGGAACAGGAUCUGGGAGGAGAACACUCAAGGUCCUUCAGCCAUCUGCAGUAAAUAAGAACCUGGGACGGAUAGUUCAGAAUGGCAAAGCAGUUCCCAAAAGGAAGAUGUGGAGCGCUGAGCAAGAGAAGGGCUCAAAGAGAGUCAAAGCAGAGGUGGCUGUAAAUUCCACACAUCUAGAAAAUGACAACUACCCUGAAGGGAUCACUCAAGAAGCUUAUGAGCUCAUGAUCAAAGAAACUCCUGGCUCCUCAUACUGGAAAGAGGUAGCAGAGGAGAGGCGAAAAGCCCUGUUCAGUGUUCUCCAGGAGAAUGAAAAGUUGCACAAAGACAUUGAAGCCAAAGAUGAACAGAUUGCUCAGCUUAAGAGUGAGAACGAGGAGUUAUUGGAGCUUGCACAGCAUGUACAGCACAUGGCCGACAUGAUUGAAAGAUUAACUGGUAAAUGUCCGGACAAUCUAGAGGAGCUGCGAGAGAUGGCCUUUGAGCAUGAAGAUGAUGAACAACGAGAUGAGCAAGAUUAUAAGGGCCAAGAAAUUGUGAAACUGUGCCCAGAACAGACAUCUGACCAUGAUGUGCCAGAUAAGGAUGAUUCCACAGAAGAAAGCUGAAUUGACUCAUUUAGAUUUUUUUUUUUUUUAAGCUUUGCCCAGUAGAACAAAAGUGCACCUUGUUUUAAUUUUUAUUUUCCUUGCUGUAAAUGAGCUUUAUUUUCAGUAGUUGUGCAUGUUCACUGCCAGUGUACAUAUGUAAACUUGAAUGCAAUGGAA